CAGAAGUGAUGGGUGUUCCUACGUUCGGGCCUAUAGUAUAGGGGUAUUCGAGCCUGUGUCCGAGGGGGUUUAACUAACUGAACAAACAGAUACGAGGGAACAGAAUUGCUGCCUUGUCUUGAAUAGUUUUGUAGACGAGGAAACGGGAAACUGUAGCUGUACUACAGCUGUAGUAAACUGUUUCCGACGUCUCCCAGCACGCUGUUCCCGGAACUCGGCUGCCCUCCCUCCACGCUUGGUGGUGCGAUGCACAGGCCUGGUCCAGUAAGCAGUGAACUGGGCUUCCUGCCAUCGCUGUAUCCCAUCCCAGGGCUCAGCCACACCAUGGAUGUGGGCAUGUCCAAGGGGGCUGCGGAUUCGGGGCCCUUCGCUGAAGCAACAGUCCAGAACCCGGGUUGGGAGAGAAGAUAUUUAAGGAAACGCAAGAGACGACUUGAUGAUGAAAGUUGCGAGGCCAAGAGGAGUAGGUUGAUGGGCGAUGGGCUUUAUAUGCCAUGGGGAGAUCCCAGGAUGGACUCGUUACAAGCCACACAAUCAAGCUCCAGCCCCCUGCCCGUCAGCCCCAUACCCCAGCCAGUAUUCCCUUCCCCACCUUGCCCAGUACCUGUGGCCUCUUGCUUGGAGAUGGAGGCAGCUCAGAGACGGCUUCAGGAGAUCGAAGACAGGAUAACACUAGAAGAUGAUGAUGAGGAAGAGGACCUGGAUGUGGAGCCCGCACAGAAUAGGCGUGUGCUGGUGCUUUCAGACAGUUUGAGGGAGGGGUUACAACAAGGUCUUGGGGACAUCCUCCCCCAGGCUGUGGCACAGUCAGUGAGUCGCUCGUGCAUGGAGCUGGUGUUGUGGCGGCCACCAGAGGAUGCGCUGCCACGGAAGCUCAAGGACUCCCUGCAGAGGCAACGGAAGCAGAUGGGCGGCCGGCAGCCACCUUCUGCUCCCGCUGUAGCUGGCAAAAGUGCGGAGAGCGAGGCGCCUGCAGCAGUCUACUGUAGCCCUGGCACCCAGGUCCAGGCUGAGGAGGAAAUGGAGCUGUAGGCCAUCAGCACCAGAGAACCGGUGCCAGCCGAGUUCUCAACUGACCUGGGGCUCCUUUAUGUGCACUGUGUUGGGCCAAAUGGACUGUUGCCAUGGUGGUAACCAUGCUGGUUACCUGUCGCGAGAGACCUGGCGUUAGAAUUGUGGAGCUGAAACCUGGGCAUCGCAUUAGAAUGAAAUAUCAGGGUUUCAGUCCCAGUUCCUAAGGGACCCCGCUCCCUGAACCCUGUGCAGUGUGUUUUUGUUUCACAGAGCAAUCUUUGUAACAUCCACAUUAAUUCUCCAACUUUUGUAAAUGUACAUGACUUUUGUAAAUUUGCAUAUGCUUGCAAGUGAACCAGUUCAGAGCUUCAGUCUACGAUUGAAAAGUAUUUUGCAGCAUGAAAGCUAGUUUACUGCCUUUGAGUAAAUUCAGCAUCUGCAGUUGGUGUUCUGCAGCAUCUUAAAGCCAAGUUUGUUCUCGUCAUUUAAGCUGGUUUGGGCAUUUUGUCUCUUGGGAUGCCACUGUAUUCUGUCCCUGAUGGUGCGCCUGUAUGUGACUGGUGCGGAGAGCAUUGUGGGAAAUGACCCAGGCAAGAUUUUAGAGGUUUCAAUUCAGCCAGUACUCCAGUACAGCACCCAAAAGAUGACUGUGGGUGAGUUUGGUUUUCUGGGUUAGAAAAAAGUUUUAACAAAUCCUGUUGACUUCAAUUUUAUCACUUCAGUGUGUCCCUAAAUUGCACGUGUACAGAAUCUGCGAGUCUACAUGUGUGCCUCUCAGAGUUGAGAGAAUAGAUCACUGAAGAGUUCUGGGAGGAAGUGGCUCCUGGGGAUCAGAUUGCUCUGUCCUCACAAGUAAAUGUGAAUUCCUUCUUGAGUUGUGGUCCUAAGUUUGAAAAGCAUAUUGCAGCACCUGAGAUGAGUGGAAAGUUGGUCAUCAGUUUUGUUUGUCUGAUGACAUUUUGAGGUCUGUAUUUUGUGCAUUGGUUACUUUUUCUAAUAAAAGUUCAAUGGCA